AAGAGCAUCAAACACAAACAUAAACACAUAACAAAAUGGGGUCACCAAUGGCCUCUUUUCUUAUCUUAGCAUUCUCCCUUGCUUUUGUAUCUCAAACCACCGCAAAUUACUUCUAUUCUUCCCCUACUCCACCGGUCAAACACUACACUCCUCCGGUUUACAAAUCCCCUCCACCACCAGUUAAACACUACUCUCCUCCUCCGGUCUACAAGUCUCCUCCCCCACCCAAGAAGGACUACGAGUACAAAUCUCCCCCGCCACCAGUUAAACACUACUCUCCCCCUCCGGUCUACAAGUCACCUCCUCCACCCAAGAAGGAUUAUGAGUACAAAUCUCCCCCGCCACCAGUUAAACACUACUCUCCCCCUCCGGUCUACAAGUCACCUCCUCCACCCAAGAAGGAUUAUGAGUACAAAUCUCCCCCGCCACCAGUUAAACACUACUCUCCCCCUCCGGUCUACAAGUCACCUCCUCCACCCAAGAAGGAUUAUGAGUACAAAUCUCCCCCGCCACCAGUUAAACACUACUCUCCCCCUCCGGUCUACAAGUCACCUCCUCCACCCAAGAAGGAUUAUGAGUACAAAUCUCCCCCGCCACCAGUUAAACACUACUCUCCCCCUCCGGUCUACAAGUCACCUCCUCCACCCAAGAAGGAUUAUGAGUACAAAUCUCCCCCACCACCAGUUAAGCACUACUCUCCCCCUCCGGUCUACAAGUCGCCUCCCCCUCCCAAGAAGGAUUACGAGUACAAAUCUCCCCCACCACCAGUGAAGCACUACUCUCCCCCUCCGGUCUACAAGUCUCCUCCUCCUCCCAAGAAGGAUUAUGAGUACAAAUCUCCCCCACCACCAGUUAAGCACUACUCUCCUCCUCCGGUCUACAAGUCUCCUCCCCCUCCCAAGAAGGAUUACGAGUACAAAUCUCCCCCACCACCAGUGAAGCACUACUCUCCUCCUCCGGUCUACAAGUCUCCUCCCCCUCCCAAGAAGGAUUACGAGUACAAAUCUCCCCCACCACCAGUUAAGCACUACUCUCCUCCUCCGGUCUACAAGUCUCCUCCCCCUCCAAAGAAGGAUUACGAGUACAAAUCUCCCCCACCACCAGUGAAGCACUACUCUCCCCCUCCAGUCUACAAGUCUCCUCCUCCUCCCAAGAAGGAUUACGAGUACAAAUCUCCCCCACCACCAGUUAAGCACUACUCUCCUCCUCCGGUCUACAAGUCUCCUCCUCCUCCAGUACAUCACUACUCGCCACCACACCAACCCUACCUUUACAAAUCGCCACCUCCUCCUCACUACUAGAUUACUUAAUCGUCUACUCUAACGGAGUCGACGACCGUACACAAGAAAACAAAGAAUCGUUUGGUAAUAUAAUAAAAGACACAAGAUCAAUGACGAGAGAAUUGAAACGGAUACAUAUGUCUAAAGAGAAAGUUUCCCAUUCUAAUACCUUUUUCUUUGUUUCUGAAUACGUUAUAUUGUAAUAAAUUUCAAACAUGUUGAUGAACGUGGUCCCUUCAUGCAUGCAAAUCAGUCAUAUGUUUGUUAAGUUCAAGUCCUGUUUUGCUUUCAGAUUAUUCAAUUUCAGAGUUUCGUUGUUCAACUAAAUAAAAAGUAUAAGUUUCUUUUCA